AUGCUUGAGAAAUUAACCAAUGUGACCAUGAUAACAGAAUUCUUGCUCAUGCAAUUCCCUGAUGGCAAGGUGCUACAGAGGUUCUAUGCCAUAUUCUUCUCGCUCAUUUACUUGGCAGCACUGAUGGGGAACAUCCUCAUUAUCACCCUUACCACCAUUGACCAGCGUCUCCAAUCCCCCAUGUAUUUCUUCCUGAAAAAUUUGUCUUUUAUUGACAUCUGUUUUAUUUCUGUCACUAUCCCCAAAUCCAUCAUAAACUCUUUGACCAACAGGUAUUCCAUCUCCUUCCUGGGAUGCUCCUCACAGGUUUUCCUUCUCAUUUUUUUUGCUGGCACAGAGUAUGCCAUCCUCAUAGUGAUGUCCUAUGAUCGCUAUGCUGCCAUCUGCCACCCUCUGCACUAUGAGGUCAUCAUGAAUAGGAGCACCUGUGUGAAGAUGGUGACUGCAUCAUGGUUCAGUGGGUGUGUUUAUGGAUCCCUUCACGUUGCAGGCACAUUCUCUGUUCGUUUCUGUGGACCCAACACAGUACAUCAGUUCUUCUGUGAUGUUCCAUCAGUGCUUCAAAUUGCUUGUUCUGGGGAUCAAAUUCUGGAAUAUGUAUUUAUUAUUGCUGGCUGUUGUUUUGCUUUCGUAUGUUUCAUUUUCAUGGUUGUUUCCUAUGUUCACAUUUUCUCCACUGUCCUAAGAAUUCCUUCUGCAAAAAGCAGGGCCAAACCUUUCUCCACUUGUAUUCCACAUAUCACUGUGGUGACUUUGUUCCUCUCGUCUGGAUUUAUUGCAUAUUUAGGUUCAACCUCAAAAUUACCAUCUUCAUUGAACCUUCUUAUGUCUGUGUUAUACUCUCUUUUAACUCCCAGCCUGAAUCCUAUCAUUUAUAGCCUGAGAAACAGAGACAUGAAGGUGGCUCUUAACAGACUUUUUUUGUGGAAAAUAUUCCCGAAGAUGUAA